CUAGGCUCUUAUUGGUUCAGAUAGGCAGUAAUUGUGGGUCUGGGGCUUGGCAGCGACUGCAAGGACUAUUGAGACGCACCUCCGUACCAUACAUGAGUGACGGCCAAUCAUGCCCCCGGGCUUACUCAUCGUCCUGAACCCGCCGUCGGUGGUUGCAUUUCGGUCUCUGACUGAAAUGGGCGACUAGCGGCCUUCUCUCUCUCACUGGCCAAGAAGUUCUCGCAAGGCCUGAAACAGCAACCAACUCUUCUCUCACCAGCGACGGCCGUACAAACUCACUCAUCCCAACACCCACCAUAUCUCAUAUCCCACAUCCCAUAUCGCACACGCCAAAAUGGCAGCGUCGUCUUCACUGCCCGAUCUGCCACCCAAUUACCUCAAGGCUCUUGAGCUGAUCGACGAGGCCCACAAGCAAGACCCCAGACCAUCGUCCGUCGAGUCGGUGCCUUUUGAGCUUCACUAUGCCCAGAAGAUGACCCGCUGGCUCGCCGUGAGGUGUCCGGCGGCGCCUCCGGUCCUACAACUGGCCUGCCGAGCCCAGCAUUUCAGGAGAUGGGAGAUUCCCCGCAACACAUACCCAAUGACCCGUCCGGGCUACCUCACCUGGCGCGCGAAGCUCAAGUCCCAAGCCGCCGCCCAGGUUGCUGAGCUUCUCACCUCGUCGUCCGCCAUUCAGCCCGCGAUUCCCCAGGAGGACGUCGACCGCGUGGCGGCGCUCAUCCGCAAGGAGAACCUCAGCAAGGACGACGAGACGCAGGUCCUCGAGGACGUGGCGUGUCUCGUCUUCCUUGACGAUCACUUUGACGACUUUGAGAGCAAGGAGGAGGUUGACGAAGACAAGAUUAUUGGCAUCUUGCGCAAGACGUGGGCCAAGAUGAGCGAGGAGGGACACGCGCUGGCGUUGAAAAUGAACCACAGCGAGAGGGCUUUGAGUCUCAUUGGGAAGGCAUUGGCGGGGUGAUGUCGCGCGAGAUUCGUAUGAGAGGUUUUGGAGAGGUAAAUUCUACAUGAAAAAGAAAUAAAAAAAUAAUUCUCU